CCCGCCAAGCCCCAGAUCUGGGAGGGAGGCCCUCCUGUUAGCCCAGAGGGAAAGAAAGAAGUGGGGCGAUCCGGUAGGUAAAGGAGAGAACCCCCCUUCAUCUGCUCCCUUCGGGGAGCCCCUUCUGCAUGAAUUUGUAAAGGGAGAUUUUCCCCUUUUCUCCCUCAAACUGAAGAACACAUAUGUAAAUCCUUGUUUUUCCUCGUGAGGCUGGGGAGGCCAUGGCCACAAUGCUUAACUGCAUGCAUCUAACCCAGGGCUCGUUUUAACCCCAGCGCUCUGAACUAAACUGCUCAGCUCCCGGAAAUUCCAAGGAACCUAGUGGCCUUAGUCCUUCAGGUGGAACAGCGUGCGACAUGGGAAAGAAAACCAAGCGAACAGCUGACAGUUCUUCUUCAGAGGAUGAGGAGGAAUACGUCGUGGAGAAGGUGCUAGAUAGGCGUGUGGUUAAGGGGCAAGUGGAAUAUCUACUGAAGUGGAAAGGCUUUUCUGAGGAGCACAAUACUUGGGAACCUGAGAAAAAUUUGGAUUGCCCUGAGCUAAUCUCUGAGUUUAUGAAAAAGUAUAAGAAGAUGAAGGAGGGUGAAAAUAACAAACCCAGGGAGAAGUCAGAAACUAACAAGAGGAAAUCCAGUUUCUCGAACAGUACUGAUGAUAUCAAAUCCAAAAAAAAGAGAGAGCAAAGCAAUGAUAUUGCUCGGGGCUUUGAGAGAGGACUGGAACCAGAAAAGAUCAUUGGGGCGACAGAUUCCUGUGGCGAUUUAAUGUUCCUAAUGAAAUGGAAAGACACAGAUGAAGCAGACCUGGUUCUUGCAAAAGAAGCUAAUGUAAAAUGUCCACAGAUUGUGAUAGCAUUUUAUGAAGAGAGACUGACGUGGCAUGCAUAUCCUGAGGAUGCGGAAAACAAAGAGAAAGAAACAGCAAAGAGCUAAAGAAGGGGGUGGUCUCUGUCAUUUCUCUUUGUACAUAAUACAUUCACUUCCCUGCUCCUCUCCCUCCUACCUACCCCUUCUAUCCUAAACACAUUCAUACAAAAAUGUGCUUAUCACUGUGCUCCACAGGAGAAAUGUUGGUAUUGGUUUUCUUGUAACAUAACGGAUGGUCUGAUUCAUGAUUAGUGUCUCUCUGUGAAGACCAGGCAUUGCAUACUGUGUGUAAAAUUCCCACAUUUUUUUCCUUUGCCCUGAUCUCUUUCUUCUGCUCCCCUGUGACCUCAAGAUGAGUUUUAACUUUUUAAUCACCUGAGAGUCUUGAUCUUUUCAGGGUUGGUCACUUUUAGAUUGGGGGAUUUUGUUACAAUGAUGGUAAAAUUGGUUCUUAAAACAUGUUGAUGACCAGCUAGCCUUUGCUUGAGAUCUUGGGAUGGAAAAGAUGUUACCCGUCUUUUUAAAUAGCCGAUAGCAACUGCCUACCUGUUGGGGCUUUCCCAACCUCAUUCAGCUCUACCCAGGAGAAUACAGGGUUUCUGGUGUGGUCUUCUGGGCCACCCUCUGUUGUUCAUCUUCACCCAUCCUCCCAGAGUAGCUCCAUCCUUGGAGGACUUGAAAUUUUACAUUCACAUUUGUCAAGGCACUCCUUUUAGCCCCAGGACUUGUGGCUUUGUUUCUUAGCAAUCCCCGAUUCUGCUUCUGUAAGUUGGUGUAGUCUGUCAUCAAAUGACAAGAUUAAUAACUGUGGAGCUUUUUAGCUAUUAGGACAUGAAGCUGAUGGGGUAGGAUACAGUUGUCUUUAUUAUUACAUAGGGUAUAUAUGUAUUGUUUCCUUCCGUUCCUCACAUUUGAACUAUAUAUUUAUGUAGGUGUGACUGACUGCCUGGUGCUUGCUUGUGCCAAGGUGCUAGGCACCCUCCAACCCUGCCAACUUCUGUGGCCUCCCAAAGCAUUCCUGUUAACCAAAGAGGCUUCGAACCUGACCCUCACUUCUCAGUGGACACCAGUUUCCCCUCUAUGCCAUUAUUUUCAGUGAGGAAUUCUUGGAGGGGAGCCAUUGGCAACACUAUCAGUUUUAAAUAUUCAUAGUGUUUAUAGUCAUAAAUGUCCUGCUUUGUUGACUCCUGGAUUUGCCAAGAGUCCCCAAUGCUCUUCCUUUUUCCACCCUAAAACUCUGUAUCUUCUUUUUAAAAAUGUGUUUCCACGGAAGACUAUCACCUCAGAAGAUGACAGGCCCUGGCAUUAGCAUGUUGACACAACCGUUUUCCUUUUAGCUUCCUCCUGUUUUGCCAUUAUAUUGAGAGUUUAUUUUUCUGAUAACCUGUCUAUCUGCUAAGAAAUGCCCUACUUCUCUUUAUUCUUUUUUUCUUUUGGGGGAGGGUCAGGCUAAAAAUUCAAAACUAAAAGUAAGGAAAUAGUAGGGUUUUGAGCAUCCUUGCCCUAGCCCAAAGCUGAGGGAAUAAGAAUAAAUGCUUGAAAUAGCCUUAACUCGAGUUCAGCAGUCAUCAAGGUUGUUUUUGUUGUUGCUUUGAUUUUUAAAACAUAGCUGGCAGGAGUAUUCAACCAUUUCUAGGUUAUUUUGAGUAAUGAGGUGAAUGAAUAGAUUGCUUCUAGUCCACAGAUGAACUGAGCUGAAUAAUAUGCAAAUCAUAUACCCAUUCAUAGCAUUUGUUAACAUUGCUUCCCUGCUUAGCUGUUGAUUGAAUUCUGUGUGCUUCUAUAAAUUAUGUCAAAAAUUAUACUGCACAGUUGAAAAGACAGCUGUUGAUGCAGUGACAUGACAGACUGGAACAAUGAAGAUUUUGGUUUAAGUCAUCCAGGAAAAUCCUUCUGAAUGGUAAUGUGAUUAGGUAAGAACUUACCCAUAUCUCAAGUAGGUAAGGGUUUUAUCUCCAACUUCCUUUACUCUCUGAAGGAAUUAAAGGCCUAGAUCAAGUGCUAGGUAAUUGACAGUUGUUACUACUAAUCUGAUGGGCAUUCACAAGAAAGGGUGGUCAGGAAAUUGAUUUGUCAUACUGAUAAUCGGGGAUAUCAAUUAGGGUAUAUAAGCAUAGGACUAGAGUAGGCCAUAGCCCCUGAGGAAGUGAUCUGGGUCUCAGUUGGCAGGUGGAGAAAAUGACUGCUUAACCAUGUAGCCAUUUAUCAAAAUCUGAUUUUCUUUUAACAACCCCAGUGUUAUACAUUCAGUACCUUACUUUUUGCUCACCUUUUUCUGUCCACAGUUUAUUGAAUCUAGGUCUUAAUACUGAGUGCCGCCAAAACAGCUUUUGUUCUCUCCCUCUCCUGCCUGUCCACAGCUGCUUCUAUAGGAAUGUAGGGAGCCAGAAGCCAGUACUGCUUUCAGCCGUCAGCAGAAAGGAAACCAGAUGCCCUCCGAGGCCUCAAGCUUUUCUUAAUGUUGAGAAGCUGACCUGGCCCUUGGAGAAUUGCAACCUCAAACAGAAACUUGUUUUCAUGGGGUUUUCUCUUAAAAGAGUUAAUAGCCAUGGGCUAAGCACUCAAACAUCUAGGUCUUAGAUGCUCAGUAUGUUUUUGCUGUGUUGAGUUCUUUGAAAACAUUUUUCUAAUAAUUUCUUUAGUGAUCAACAUUCAAGGAUCUCUCCUUCACAGAAUGGAGUAAAGCUUUGCCCAGCAGUCUACCAAGGUCAGUGUAGCCACUUUUCUGGGCUCUGGGCAGGACUGAUACCCUCACAUUAAGAUCAACCGUUAGAAACAUCAGUCCCGAUGGAAGCACCCAUUUUUAACCUGGAGAGAGGCAGGCAGUUUUUGUCUGCUCGGGAGCAUUUGGACCUGUGGUGCUCUCGAACACGAAAGUCUGGAUGGUCCUUGGCUGUCCCCCCAGCCAUAUCUGUGUGUUACCUUUUGUUUUUUCAUGAAAGGUUGGUCUGUUCCCAUAGCCUGGGCAGUGGUUCUUAACUUUUUGUUCCUGUUCUGUAGCCACCCUGGCGUCCAUUCACUUUCAAUUUACUAGAUCACACAGGGCCUUGGAGGAGGUGCUGGGGAUUUUCUUCCUGUGAUUUUGUUGGAUCUGUGUUUAGGCCAGCUCACCUGACAUACAGCAGGAUCUGUUUUGGGUUGGAGAGUGAUUGUCUUUGCCCUUAGGAUCUGACAUUACAGGCCUAAAGUGACAUGAGAACCCCAGGAAGGGUUAUGUCAUUAGAUUUAAAAUGUAGAAGUUGUUUCUCACAAAUUAGGUCAAAGGAAAAGCUUAUUUUGCACCCAUGACUCCAUUCUUUAGGUUUAGAUUUUUAGACUAAAAAUUAUAGUGUUGAGGUCUGUACCUUUGUAAUCAGACCACCAAGCAAGCAUACCUGUAGCAAAGCAGAAAAAGGAAAGGUCUGGACCCAGUAUUCCAAUUUCAUGUUGGCUUUACCACUAGUUGUGAAAGUUAUGUUUUCAAAAACAGACUUUACUAAGCCAUGCAUCCAAGAGCAUAUGCUAAGAAUUGGGUACCUCUACCCAAUUAAUAGUGGCAGAUUUGUAUUCAGCCAUCCAUAUCCAGCUAUACUAGUGUAUAUCAACAUUCAUUCAACAUUUUUUGGCCCAGGGGAUACAAAGUUCAAAAAGAUGCACUUCCUGACUUCAAAGAACUGUCAUACUGGUGUGGGGUAAACUGACUAUUAAUAGUUGAGUGUAAUAAAUGCUUUAAGUGGAUACACAUUUCUGAUUUGGAGGCAGAGACAGCUGUUGAUACAAUUUGUGGCCCUAAAGUAGGAGGCUAACAAUUGGUUGACAUGUGGAAAAGACCUGUGACCUUGGAGGAACUGAGUUAACUGGUCAUAGAUAGACCACAAGGGCUUGUUUUAUUCCAGAAAAUAAAAAGAACUGAAGGUUAGUUAGAAAUGCUGCUAUUACUGAGAGAGAACAACAGGUGAGUGGGGAUUGAGAACCCCAGAUUUUGAUCCCUAAUAUAGGCUCUUUGCCAAAGUAAUGGUAUAGUUAAUCCUUAUUGUGGAGAAUACUAACUGUGUUGCAGAUCCAAUUAUGUGUUGCUAUGUUAUUGUGGGUUCUGUAACAUUUAUUCCUCAUAGACAUUUUAUCAGUUUCUCACGCCUUUUUCAUGUUCUCUUUUCUUUUGGAGGAAUUAACAUGAGGCUGGCUUGAAGCCUAAAACAGGGACAUUUUUGACAAUGACGAGAGAUCUACUAUAAAGAAGGCUUGGGCACUUCUGUUGACACCUGGGCAUCUACUCUGGGCGGUGUAGUUUUAUUCAGCACUGCAAGAUGGUGAUUUCUAAGCAGAGACUUGUCUCAAUUAUGUGGAAACCCAUGAACAUACAUAUCCUGGAAUUUUCUAUUUAAUCAGUUUGGGUGAGGCCCAGCCUUACUGAGUAACAGUCUGACCUUGAGAAAUUUUUUAGCUCUGACCACAAAAAAAAAGAUAGUUUUUUCUGCCUGGACAAUUGAGAAUUGGCUACUAAUUUAGAAGUCAGCAUUCCCAAGAAUUAGAAUAACUCCUGGAAAACUAAAGUGAGAAGGUUUUUGGGAUCGUUUCAUAAAAACAAUUUUAGUUUCUUUUUGCUUGCGCUGGAUUUCUUAAAUUUUAAACUACCUCAUCUUGUCUUUCUAGAGUUACUUCGACUUGUCAUUGCCUCUAACAUGCUUGACUUUGGCUGUUUCUAAGAUGGAUUUCUUCCUAUUCAUUGGCAGCAUGUUCUCUCGCCUUUUCAUCCCAAUCCUCAUUUCACUUAACAUACUGCUUCUCAGAGAAAUGUUUUAAAAUCUUGGUUUAUGGAAAGAAAGUGAUUCUCCAAAUGCUAUUUGUCUCAGAUCAGUGGAGAAGGAGUUAAAAAAAGGCGGGGGGCAGGGAGUGGGGGGGUUGGGCUGGGGGGAGGCGGGACAGAACUGCACUGGAGGCAGCCUACAAGGAAAGAGCCAUUAAUUAAGACAAUUUCAAAGUCAACUGAUUGUGAUCAUUAAUGUCACAAUAGAUCAAAACCUAAUUAUCACAGCCUAGGUAAGAGCCAUCAGUAUUAAUCAGAAAGUCUAAUAGGAAACUAUUAUCAAGAAAUUAGGUCAAAUUGAAUGCAGUGAACUUUUAAUCUUGCCAUUCUGUGUUUCUGUGUGUGUGUGAUGUCCCCUGGCAUUGGCAGGUGUGACCCUCACACUUGAUCCGGGCCCCAGUGGCCAGUUUGUCACACUUUGAGGAGCUCCAAACACAGACUGAAUCUGAACUGUCAUUGCCACUGUUAAUUGGUCUUGAACUUCAUCAUUUGGACUUGGUGUGAUCAGCAAUCAAUGAGAAAAGGUUUAUAUUUAGGUCUUGGAAUGGUUGAUCCUUCCCGGAAGUAGAGUAUCCCUGAAUAUAGACUGUGUGUGUUGAUAAAUCAUUCUUUGAGCUUCUGAUGUAUGUAGGGUCUUGCCGCUCUGGCCACUGCAAGGAGAUAUGAGUUUAGUAUUUGAUUCUAAGCCAAGGCAGGCUGUGGAUUUAGUCUAACGCCCCACUCCCCCCUAGUUUCAGGAAGAGGGUCAUAAUGAUUUCUACCAGAAUCCACUGUAAAUCCAACGGAGCGGGGGAAGGUGUUUUUUGCUUGCUUUUUGUUAAAGUGUUACUGGCAGGAGGAAAGAAUAUUAUAAGAGUCUUAUGACUAGUUAUAGAGAAUACUUUAUCCCCUCUCUCUGAAGUGAAAAGUAGAGGGUCACCAUUUAUAUCCUUAAUCUUGAGCUGUUUAUGAAGAUGCCGCAAUUCCAGAAGUUGAGCUGAGUCUAGAAAGGUGGGUAAGAUUCUGUCUUCUAGAAUUGUCUUCUAGAAGCUGCAGGAGGGAGGUUGGUGGUGCUGGGUUCCUAUGCUCCUGGUUUAGCCUGUAGAAAUGUGGCUGCUGUCACCAUUAUUGUUAGCCUUUCCCCACCAACCUUGCAGCUCAGAGCACUACCAAGACCACUGCUGGGGGAAUGGUUCUAAUCUUUCUGGUUGUUUGUGGUCUUGCUUCAUUCUGGAUUUUAGAAAUUUGGAUUACUCGGUGCAGAACUUUGGAAAAUCAGUGUGACUUAGUCCUUCACCUUACUGAUUUAAAUGUAAUUUUAUUUUCAAAACAUCUAUCAACAUAUGGCUUUCAGAAGCAGUUUGUUUCUCCAAGGUUUCUCACAUAUGCUAGAUAUAUAAUCUCCCUCAGUUAAUACGUGUGGGUUGCUUGAGUUGAUCUAGUUUGCAGAGCGAUGUGUACUUAACUGGCUUCCUUUUGCUCCCAAGUGCACUCUAAGAAAUCAGAUGCUCAGGGGAGUGGAAUAAGAAUUGAGUGGAUGCUGACUGUGUGUGCCAACCUCCUCAACUGAUUCAUAAUGGCUGACCUUGGGCAAGUCACUCCUUUCAAUGCCUCAGUUCCCCAUCUGUCAAAUGGGGGUAAUAAUACUGACCUACCUCACAGGGGUGUUGUGAGGCAUUGUAAAUCAAAAAAGUUGAUAGAAUACUUUAGGGUCCUCAAUGGAGGACACUUUGAGCCUAAGUCCAGGCCUGACAUAGGCUUUAGUCCUCACUGAGCUGUCCCAUGGUUGGAGCUCAGAAAGUUUUCUGCCCCCCACCCCUCAUCAAAGCUGCUAGUUCAGAUGUUGACGGUGUUUUUGUGAAUGUUGGAGUCUUAAUAGUCCAGACUUAGGGUGUUUAGGGGGAAGGCACUUAGUAUUUUCUGUAUCUCGCAUCCACAGAGGCUGUUUUAGACCCAAGAGCAUUGCAUUCAGGGAUCACCAGGCAGGGGAGCUACUGCUGGUUUCUCUCUGCAGGUUGGGAAUUAAGGUCCCAUGCCCCAGGGACUUGGAACAGACUCAAGCUGUCUCAGAAGCAAAGUAAAGACAUUGGGUUUGAUUUAUAUUGUUGCUUAUCACUCCCCAAACUAACCCCCAGACAACUGGGACACUGCAGCCCCUCAUGGUACCUGUACCCAAGCCUCCACCGCCCCACAGAAACCACCUGGUUUGAAAAACAUAACCACUUCCCCCACCCACCCACCCCAAAAGAGCCACACUAGGAAAUUUUUUCUAGAGGCAUGUUUAAUGCUUGGAAUUGGGCAUUGCUAUGCUUUAAAGCUUCAUCCAGUUCACUGCGUUCAGCAUCACAGUGUCCACAGUGAACCCGACUGACUUUUUCCUGUAGUUUGGGAGGAUUUUGGACACUUCCUAUUUGCCCAGGUGUGGGCUCAAGAACCUUACUCUCCAUCUCAGUUUAGGGGCUCACCCAGCUCCUCUUCCCAUCAGGGCUCUUUCCCCUUUCCCCUCCUUGGCCCUAGAUGUGUAACCCAUGAAAAAGCACAAGGUCCUGGCUGCCUGCUGCCGUCACAUCCGGUUCUCCGUGUUUUGUGGACUCCGCUCCUCUGUUCGCCCAGCACUGGCGGCAACAUGUUCUGUGGAGUUCUGGAGGAGGAAGAGCACUGUCUGACAUCUGCCAAGUAGCCAGGAGUUGGCUCGCCCAUGGCCCACAGCCUUCCCACAGAUGGGCUCUAAGCAACUCAAGAGGCUGAGUUUCUCAGCACCAUACCAUCCUGAGUAGCAAAACAAAUCACACUUUAUAGCCAGAUUUCUGAAUGGAAAAUUAAAUUCUCUCUGGACUUUUUGGUUUGUGGGGGAGUAUUGGUUGUGUUUCUUGGUUUUAUUUCAGCCAAACAUUUCUGCUUUUGAUUUUUAAUUUUUUUUUUU